AUGAAGCUGCGACGUCGAGGAGCUACUAGUGCUCAUGAUGAGAUGUGGAUCUACUCGGUGACCUUGGCGAAGCGAGCGAGCGCGCCGGAGACGGCCGCCCGAAUUGGAUGGGGCGUGGUCGCCGAUGGCCGACUACGCUGCUCGUCGUCGCUCGUUUUCACGCUUCAAUUUGUUGACAGAAAAUCGUCGUCGUGGCUACAGUAUACCGCAGUGCAGAAGGCCGUCCAAAAAAAAGGAGAAGAAGAAGCUGAAGAAGAUGAAGAAAGCGAAGGAGGAUGA